CAUCCAUAUUUCACGUAAAACCUUUACUUACUUGGUUACAGGAUUAUGUACCAUAAAAAAGUAUGCCAAUAAGAAAACAUUAAUUUUUUUCGGUCUUAUUCCCAUGGAUGGAUACAUUUUUUUUAACCAGGGUUUAACAAGUUUAGCCCCAGAGAGGAGAUUAAAACCUCAUGAAUCCGGAAAUCCGCCCGCCCUACUGACGCACGCCUACGCACUGCCCUGCUGAUCUAGCCGAUUCUAGUGUAUUAAUUCCGGAGCGCAGACUUGAAAUCACAGCGACAGCAGCAAAACAUGGCGAGAAAUGGCGGCUAAUUUUUUUAUUCAGUAUGGAAUGAUCAGCUUUCAUUUUUGACAACUGCAUUUCGGAUUAUUAGCCUUGUCUGGACUCGUAUUAUUAUUGCUUGUCAUCCCAAGUCCCAACCAUGCCGCGCGUAGAGAACGACAUCAAGUUGGACUUCAAAGACGUUCUUAUCCGACCGAAGCGCAGCACACUGAAGAGCCGCGAAGAAGUUGAUCUCCACCGUCCGUAUGUGUUCCGGCACUCCAAAGCGGAAUACCAUGGCAUUCCUAUCAUCGCUGCCAAUAUGGACUCCGUCGGGACGCUGGAGAUGGCCAAAACAUUCCACCAAUCUGAUUUGUUUACUGCGCUGCACAAAUAUUACGGCGUGGAGGAGGUUGCAUCUCUGUUGAAAGAAGUUCCGGGAAUUGAGAAGAAUAUUGCGAUAAGUUCGGGCGGCACCAGCGACGACCUGACCCGUUUGCAGACCAUCAGCGACACCUUGCCGGCCAUCCAGUUCGCUUGUCUAGACGUAGCCAACGGCUACACGGAGUUUUUUGUUGACUACGUGCGUCGCGUGCGCGAAGCACUGCCCCACUUGACCAUUAUGGCAGGCAACGUCGUCACCGGUGAGAUGGUGGAGCAGCUGAUCCUGGCCGGUGCCGACAUCGUCAAAGUGGGUAUCGGACCGGGAUCAGUGUGUACUACCCGCACCAAGACCGGCGUGGGCUAUCCGCAGCUCAGCGCGGUGAUGGAGUGCGCGGAUGCGGCGCACGGAUUGAAUGGGCACAUUAUUUCGGACGGCGGAUGCAGUGUGCCGGGUGAUAUUGCCAAGGCAUUCGGCGGCGGUGCUGACUUCGUGAUGCUGGGCGGGAUGCUGGCUGGACACGACGAGUCAGCCGGCGAAGUGAUGGAGGACGAGAGCGGCAAAAAAUUCAAGAUCUUCUACGGCAUGUCCAGUCGGACGGCCAUGGACAAACAUUCCACUAAGUUGGCCGACUAUCGGGCAUCGGAAGGGAAGACGGUGCGCGUGCCGUAUCGCGGCCCGGUGCAGAUGACAAUGCGCGACAUCCUGGGCGGUCUGCGCAGCGCCUGCACGUACGUGGGCGCGCCGCAUCUGAAGGAGCUCAGUAAGCGGACCACUUUCAUCCGCGUCACACAGCAGGUCAACGAGGCCUUCCGCGGCCUGGAAGAUCCCAAACUAAACCCGGUGCACUAAAAUUAAUCCCCGUGCUUUCUCGCUUUUUUGAAUUUCAUUGGAAGUUUCAUGCUCAUUUGCCGGCUGCCCUCCUUGGAUUCCGUACCUCUCCAUUUUGCUGUGUAUCUCGGGACAACCGUAAUUGACGGUCUGUUAUUUGGGUUGACUAAUGUGGGUUCUUUUAAUCGUCAUUAAAUCUUCUUUGCAUGAUGGACAUUUGACGUACUUGGAUUUAUUUUUGAUGGCACUAAAAUCUUUGAACGUGUUUCUAAAAGUUUUGUUUUAUUUGUUGUGAACGCGUUAAAUUAAAGCUUUUGAUACAUAUUUGCGAAGUCAGUUGAUGAAAUUUUUCGACAGUUG